UAGGAAUAUCGAUACAUUCAUAUUUUGAUACACUAUCAACAUGUCCAGUUUGUUUACGAAAAAUGCAGUGAAAGACCUGGAAUAAAAGCUACAAAUAUUACAAAAUGGGCACCCAAAAGCCAGGCGAGUGGGCCAGCGCCCUUUUGGCCCGCUUCGAGGAUCAGCUGCCGAACAGAAUCGGAGCCUAUGGAACGCAGGCGAGGAUGAGCCAGGACCAGCUAGUGGCCUGCUUAAUCCACAUCUCUCGUUAUCGUUUCUCGCUGGUCAUAUCUGGACUUACCAAAAUGUUGCAAAGGGUCAAUGAAGCGGCCCUUCAAAAUCGUCACGAACCAGAGCGUUGCUACUUCGAAUCCCUGGUCAUUAUACUGACCACACUGGAGCGCUGUCUGACCAACCAGACCAAGGACACCGCCCGCUUCGAGGAGGCCAUGAAUGUGAAACUUCUGCUGCGGGAAAUCUCCCAAUUUGUGGACGUUCAGAGCGACAGUAAUCCAAAUGCUGCUCAACUGAAGGCUUUGGCAUCGAAGGUGCUCUUUGCCCUAUCCCAGAAUCACUUCUCGGCCGUGUUCAAUCGCAUUUCGGCCAGGAUUCAGGAGUUGACGUCGUGCUCCGAGGAGAACCCCGACUAUAAUGACAUCGAGUUAAUACAGCACAUCGAUAUGGACAUGAUUAAGUUGACCAAGCUGCUGCAGGAAACCAUUACAAAGUUUCGAUCCAAGCGAGCUCCACCCUUGAUUUUGCUUUACUCGCUUGAGAAGGCCAUCUGGAACUGGAUUGAAUACCAUCCUCAAGAGUUUCAAGAUCUGCAGCGGGGCACCAACCGCGAUAUAUCCACCUGCUGGGAACCAUUAAUGGAUCUGGUGGAGUACUUCAAAUCGGAAAACAAGAAGAGCAAGACUCUUGUGUGGCCACUGCAGAUGCUCUUAUUGAUUCUGAAUCCCUCUUGUCUGGAGGCCACUGUGAACGAACUCCAACAAUCGGAGAAGGAAAAAGAGAAAGAGAAAGUGCCCUCGAAGUCAACUCAAUCUACUUCGCGGGACAAGGACUUUUCGGCAAAACAGUUUAUUGAGAGUAUUAAACGAGGAUUGGGCCAGCAUUCGCCCUCCAAACAGGUCACUGAGUCUUCCGCCAUCGCUUGUGUAAAGCUCUGCAAAGCAUCCACGUACAUCAAUAACACCGACUCCAAUAAUGUGGUAUUUAAGCUGGUGCAGUACUUCAUAAACGACCUCAAGGCCCUGCUCUUCAACCCGGCAAAGCCCUUCUCCCGAGGACAGGGCUAUAACUUUGCGGAUAUCGAGCUGAUGAUUGACUGCUGGGUAUCCUGCUUCCGCAUCAAUCCGCACAACAUUGAAGCUUUGAAAGUGUGUCUGAAUCUGUCAUCGCCACAGGCCUAUCACUUUGUUAUUGUGUGCUCACUGCUAAGGUUGGCCCAUAUUUAUGUAGACUUUCGCCUGCAAAAUAAGAAUCCCUUCCGCAUCGUCAACCAACCACGACUGUCCUGGUGGCCACAAACCGAUGUCGUCCACUACCGUUCUGCGGAGCUGCGAGCUUUAUUCACAGACACCCUCAACAAAGCCACACAAGGUUACAUAGCCCAUACCCCACUAAGAUAUAUCACCUCGCUUACGCUGAAAUCAAAGGACACGCAAAAGGGCCUGACCCGGGCUGAAGAAGGUCCUGCCCACAAGAUGCUUCUGUUGCUCCUCGUUCGAUUGAUCCAUGCAGAUCCAACCCUUCUGUUGAAUACCCAAGGAAAGGUGGCCCACGAAGUUCAGAGCUCGACUCUGGAGCUCAUAAACGGACUAGUAAGUCUGGUUCACCAAACAACCAUGCCAGAUGUGGCCCAGGAAGCCAUGGAGGCUCUGCUCGCAUUGCAUGCCCCGGAAAAAAUAGAGGUCUGGAACCCGGAAGCACCGAUCAACACCUUCUGGGACGUUAGCUCCCAGGUUCUGUUCUCCAUCUCACAGAAGCUGAUCCAACACCAGAUUGCCAACUACACGGAUGUGCUGAAGUGGUUGCGAGAGAUUCUAAUCUGCCGCAACACCUUCCUUCAGCGUCACAAGGACUAUGCUCAUGUGGGCAGCCAAAUCGCCAUAUGCAAGCAGGCGCACAUCAAGAUGGAGGUGGUAUUCUUUAUGUACCUGUGGAGCGUUGAUUUGGAUGCAGUCCUAACAUCGCUCUCCUGCUUCGGACUGCUUUGUGAGGAAGCUGAGAUUUGCUGCAGCUCUGAUGAGCUGACUGUGGGAUUCAUCAUGCCCAACUACCACAUUUACCAGGAGUUGGCACAGUUGUCCUCAUCUGCCACCGACACUCGUAUUUGUUUCUUCGACAACACCCAUGGCAACGUACUUAGCCGCCUUACGCUGCAGAAACGAAUAAUGACCCUUCUACGCAAAAUCGAGCACUGUGUCCAUGGAGUCCAACCUGCCUGGGAGGAGACCUUCCGCAAUUGGGAGGUGUCCAGUAAGGUGCUCCAAACCUAUCCAAAAUGCAAGGGCGAGGAUGCGCAGGCAGAGGUCUUUCAUCGUGGCAUGGGCAAGCGUCGAGCCAGUCAUCAAAGCUCCGAGCACGACUUGGAGGAACAGAUCAAUGAGUGGGCCAACAUGACCUGGUUUCUGCUUGCCCUCGGUGGCGUCUGUCUUCACAAGCGCAGCAGUAGUCGACAAAUACUGCUCCAGCAAUCCCAAAACAAUGUGUCGUUGGGUUCGCUUGCCCAGAACUCACUUUACUCCAGUUCCACUAGUUCAGGACACGGGUCGUUGCAUCCUAGUACGGUGUCCUUGUCCACUCUUCCUCCAGCGCCGCCCCAAGACGUCAGUUACUGUCCGGUUACCCAAUUUAUUGGACAACUGCUGCGUCUUUUAGUUUGCAGCAAUGAAAAGAUCGGCCUAAAUAUCCAAAAGAAUGUGAAGGAACUCGUCGGCGAAGAGAUGUCCUCCCAAUUGUUUCCAAUACUCUUCGACCAAGUGCGCGCCAUCGUGGAAAAGUUUUUCGACCAACAAGGACAGGUUAAUGUAAACGUUACGGACAUCAACACACAGUUCAUAGAGCACACCAUCUACAUUAUGAAAUCGAUCCUCGACCCCAAAGCCAGCAAGGAUCCCAACAGCGAACAGCCCGCGCCCUCGGAGCACUUGGGAGUGACCAGCAUUGAGGGAAUGAUGCUUGGAAUAGUGCGUUAUGUACGCCAUCUCGACAUGACAGUCUACGCCAUUAGGAUUAAGACAAAACUGUGCCAGCUGGUGGAGGUUAUGAUGAAACGUCGAGACGACCUUGCCUUCCGCCAAGAGAUGAAGUUCCGCAACAAACUCGUGGAGUACCUGACCGACUGGGUGAUGGGCACAUCUCAUCAGAUUGCACCACCGAGCUCAGCGGAUGCCUCUAUUCUCACCAACACAUCGCUGAUCUUUCGUGACUUGGACCAAGCAUGCAUGGAGGCAGUGGCCGCUCUGCUCCGCGGGCUACCUCUACAGCCAGAGGAAUCGGAUCGGGGAGAUCUAAUGGAUGCUAAAAGCGCCUUGUUUCUGAAGUACUUUACCCUGUUCAUGAACCUCCUAAACGAUUGCAUCGACAGCUCGGAGGCCGAAAAGGAGAUGAACAAUACACCACUGCUGCCACCACGUCCUCGUAUGGCGGCCGGAAAGCUGACAGCCUUGAGAAACGCCACCAUCCAGGCUAUGUCCAACUUGCUGGGUGCCAACAUAGAUUCUGGCCUAAUGCACUCGAUCGACUUGGGCUAUAAUCCAGAUCUUCAGACCCGUGCCGCUUUUAUGGAGGUGCUUACCCAAAUCCUUCAGCAGGGCACUGAGUUCGAUACUUUGGCCGAGACUGUAUUGGCGGAUCGCUUCGAGCAACUGGUCCAAUUGGUCACAAUGAUCAGUGACAAGGGCGAGCUUCCCAUCGCCAUGGCAUUGGCCAACGUGGUGACCACUUCCCAAAUGGAUGAGCUGGCCAGGGUACUGGUCACUCUGUUCGACGCCAAGCACCUGUUGUCUCCGCUUCUGUGGAAUAUGUUCUACCGCGAGGUGGAGGUCUCCGACUGCAUGCAGACCCUCUUCCGGGGAAAUUCCCUGGGCAGCAAAAUCAUGGCUUUCUGCUUCAAGAUUUACGGGGCGAGUUAUCUGCAGAUGCUGCUGGAGCCAUUGAUUCGACCGCUACUCGAUGAAGAGGAGGAGACAUGCUUCGAGGUAGAUCCUGCUCGGCUGGAUCCCACAGACGACAUUGAACAGCAUAGGAACAACCUGAUUGCACUCACCCAGAAGGUUUUCGAUGCCAUCAUUAACUCCUCGGACCGGUUUCCGCCGCAGCUACGCUCCAUGUGCCAUUGUCUUUACCAAGUGCUCAGCAAGCGCUUCCCGAACCUUCUUCAAAAUAACAUCGGCGCUGUGGGCACGGUUAUAUUCCUGCGCUUCAUAAAUCCUGCCAUUGUCUCACCACAAGAGCUUGGAAUUGUGGACAAGCAGGUCCACAGCUCAGCCAAACGGGGGCUAAUGCUGAUGUCGAAGAUCCUGCAGAACAUAGCCAACCACGUGGAAUUUUCGAAGGAACAGCACAUGCUCUGCUUCAACGACUUCCUGCGCGAUCACUUCGAGGCCGGCCGUCGGUUCUUCAUCCAGAUCGCCUCCGAUUGCGAGACAGUGGACCAAACGUCGCACAGCAUGAGUUUUAUUUCGGACGCCAAUGUGCUGGCCCUGCAUCGUUUGUUGUGGACACACCAGGAGAAGAUCGGGGACUAUCUAUCCAGCAGCCGGGAUCAUAAAGCAGUGGGCAGACGACCCUUUGACAAAAUGGCCACUCUCCUAGCAUACUUGGGUCCUCCAGAGCACAAGCCAGUGGACUCGCACAUGAUGUUCAGUUCAUACGCGCGCUGGAGCUCCAUUGAUAUGUCCUCUACCAACUUUGAGGAAAUCAUGGUCAAGCACCAAAUGCAUGAGAAGGAGGAGUUCAAAACCCUCAAGUCCAUGAACAUAUUUUACCAAGCGGGCACGAGCAAAUCCGGUUAUCCGGUGUUCUACUAUAUUGCCAGGAGAUACAAGAUCGGGGAAACCAACGGAGACCUCCUCAUCUACCAUGUCAUUCUCACUCUGAAGCCCUUCUGCCAUUCGCCCUUCGAAGUUGUUAUUGAUUUUACCCACACUUGCUCCGACAACCGAUUCCGCACCGAGUUCUUACAGAAGUGGUUCUACGUUCUGCCCACAGUGGCUUAUGAAAACGUCCAUGCUGUGUACAUCUAUAACUGCAACUCGUGGGUACGGGAGUACACCAAGUUCCAUGACCGCAUUCUGGCACCUCUUAAAGGCAACCGAAAACUGCUCUUCCUGGAGUCGCCGAACAAGCUCAGUGACUUUAUUGACGCAGAGCAGCAAAAGCUGCCCGGAGCCACUCUUUCCUUGGAUGAGGAUCUGAAGGUGUUUAGCAACGCUCUGAAAUUAAGUCACAAGGACACCAAGGUGGCCAUAAAAGUGGGCCCAACCGCCCUUCAGAUUACCUCUGCCGAAAAGACAAAGGUUCUGGCUCAUUCCGUGCUCUUGAACGACGUUUACUAUGCCUCGGAAAUCGAGGAAGUCUGUCUGGUGGACGACAACCAGUUCACACUGUCGAUAACCAAUGAAAGUGGCCAGUUGAGCUUCAUCCACAACGAUUGCGACAACAUUGUCCAGGCCAUUAUCCACAUUAGAAACCGCUGGGAGCUGAGUCAGCCAGAUUCGGUGACAGUUCAUCAGAAGAUUCGGCCCAAGGAUGUGCCGGGAACAUUGCUGAACAUGGCGCUUCUGAAUCUUGGAUCGUGUGAUCCCAAUCUUAGGACAGCUGCGUAUAAUUUGCUUUGUGCGCUGACCGCCACUUUUGAUUUGAAAAUAGAAGGACAACUCCUGGAAACUCAGGGAUUAUGUAUUCCCUCGAACAACACGAUCUUCAUUAAGUCAGUCAGCGAGAAACUGGCCACCAAUGAGCCACAUCUGACCCUUGAGUUCCUCGAAGAAUCGAUUCAGGGAUUCCAGCGCAGCACCAUCGAGCUAAAACAUUUGUGCUUGGAGUACAUGACACCCUGGCUGAAGAAUCUUGUCAAGUUCUGCAAGUCCAACGACGACUCCAAGAAGCUGAAGGUCUCUCAGAUUCUGGACAAGCUCAUAAACCUAACAAUUGACCAGAAGGAGAUGUAUCCCUCGGUGCAAGCCAAAAUCUGGGGUUCAAUCGGACAAAUACCCGAACUCAUCGACAUGGUGUUGGAUAACUUUUUGCAUAAAUCCAUCACUUAUGGCUUGGGCUCUCCACAAGUGGAAAUAAUGGCCGAUACGGCCGUGGCUCUGGCUUCUGCGAAUGUUCAACUGGUGUCCAAGAAAGUCAUCACUCGCAUGUGCCGUGUAAUGGACAAGUCGUGCACCAAUCCCACUCAGUACCUAGAGCAGCAUAUGAUGUGGGAUGAUAUUGCCAUCCUGGGACGCUACCUUCUUAUGUUGUCCUUUAACAACUGCCUAGAUGUGGCUACAUCGGUGCCCUAUUUGUUUCACACAAUAACGUUCCUGGUGUGUUCCGGAUCGUUGUCCAUGAGAGCCUCGACCCACGGCUUGGUGAUUAACAUCAUUCAUUCUCUGUGCACCUGCACGAAUCCCUCCUUCUCGGAGGAGGCCCAACGCGUACUCCGACUUUCGCUGGACGAGUUCUCUCUGCCCAAAUUCUACUUGCUCUUCGGCAUUAGCAAGGUGAAGUCAGCGGCGGUUACUGCCUUCCGCUCCAGCUGCCGACAUCCCACAGACAAGUGGCUAGGAAACGAGCGGGUCACCCAACCUCUGCCGGCAGAUCGCGAACGUCUGUCGCUGCCCUCCUUGGAAGUUAUCACCGAUGCCCUGCUCGAGAUCAUGGAGGCCUGCAUGCGUGAUGUCCCGGACUGCGAAUGGUUACAGACAUGGACUUCCCUGGCCCGUAGCUUUGCCUUCUGCUACAAUCCGGCUCUGCAGCCACGGGCACUUAUCGUUUACGGAUGCAUCAGCAAAAGUGUGACGGACCACGAAGUUAAGCAGUUGCUUCGCAUUCUGGUCAAGGCAUUGGAAUCUUUCAACGAUUUAAUUCUGAUUGAGGCCCUGGUGAUGUGCUUGACUCGAAUUCAACCCCUUCUGCGUCCGGAAUCGCCCAUCCACAGAGCACUCUUCUGGGUGGCCAUCUCAGUACUCCAGCUGGAUGAGAUUACCCUUUAUGGAGCUGGUCUAGCGCUACUGGAACAGAAUCUGCACACACUUAAAUCACAGGGCUGCUUUGACAAGAAGGAGACCAUAGCGGAGGUCAUGAUGAAGACCCGCGAGAAGCUGGAGUGGCACUUCAAGCAGCUGGAUCACGCCGUGGGACUCUCGUUUCGCAGUAACUUCCACUUUGCCCUGGUGGGCCAUCUCAUAAAGGGAUUCCGUCAUCCGACUCCAACAACGGUUUCCCGUACCUCCCGAGUUCUGACCAUGCUUCUGGGCAUCAUCGCCAAGCCCCUGCACCGGGACAAGUUUGAGGUGACACCGGAUAGUGUGGCCUAUCUGACGGCUCUGGUUGCCGUCUCCGAGGAGGUUCGCUCCCGCUGCCAUGUGAAGCACGCUCUGCCGCGUUGGCCCGCCGAGUUGACAGGCAGUGUGGAGAACGGAGAAGUAGCCAAUGGAGUUCAAGCUAUUGGCCAGCCGCUGUCGCGUCGACAAAAGAGUUGGGACAUCCUGGAUCAGUCUGCCCUGCAGUUCGCUCGCCAGCACAAGGUCCCCACUCUUCAGAACGCUCGAGUUUUGUUCAAAACUCAACGGUCAUUCUCGGUGCCAACAACCAAAGAUCCAAACAAUGCUACCGGCAUCGAAGAACGUCAGGAACGCGGUUCGCGUUCUUCAGUUUCCAACGAGUCGAACGUCCUGCUCGAUCCAGAGGUUCUACCCGAUUUGUCCAUCCAGGCACUAGUGUUGACGGUUUUAGCCACCUUGGUUAAGUAUUCUUCAGAUGAAGGAGAAACAAGGGUUUUGUAUCAGUAUUUGGCCGAAGGUUCCGUCGUCUUUCCUAAAGUGUUUCCAGUAAUCCACUCAUUGCUGGAUCAGAAAAUCAAUAAUAUCCUGUCAGUGUCACAUGACCAGGUUGUUCUUAACUCAGUCCAAAAUAUAAUCCAGAACAUGCUGGCCAGCGAAGAUCCGUCCCAGCAACAGUUGCACUUCCUACAGAGUUGCGGAUUUGGCGGACUAUGGCGAUUCGCAGGUCCCUUUACCAAGUAUAAUAUGAUGGGAGAGUCGUCGGAGCUUUUUGUCAACUGUUUGGAGGCCAUGGUGGAGACCUGCUUGCCAGGCGACGAAUCUGCUCCAGUGCCACCCUCACCGCGUCCCUACAACUUAAGCUCCAGCUUGAGUAGCCUGACCUUGGGGUCACCCACGGACAAGGCAUUCUCAUCGGAAUCAUUAGAUUUUUAUGAAAAUUGCCCGGGCAGCGUCAGCAGCCUGCGACGCCCCUCACACAGCAAAUCACGCGCCAAACAUCGAAUUAACGACAGUCCAUCACAUUGAAAGUUCCACAGCUUAAUCCAAAGUAAAACUGCAACCUAAUCCAAACUGCUAAGGCAAACCUAAUACAAUAUAAAAGCUAAAAAGCCACAGCAAGACACCUUAAUUGGAAAUACAUAUGUAUUUUGUAGUUAUCUAAGCUUUGCCAAACAAAAUCAUUGCCCAUCACUGGAAUUGAUUCGUUUGUAGAAAUUAAAGAUACCAUAUGCAUAUUGUUAAAUACAAACCGAAUACCUAGGAAAAUCCAAACGUAAUGCACUUAAUCGAACACAUAAUAUCAAAUUGAUGUUUAAAAUUUGAGAAUUGUAUUGAUAAUAUUUACAUAUAUCGUGUACCUUAAACCAUAUAUACGCAAACAUAUUUUUGACAAAAUAUAUACAUAUAUGUAUGCUUUAAAUGCACCAUUUGUAGCCUAGAGUAGUGUUGCCAUUAAUAUUUGUUGCUCCCCCGUGAAUCGAGACUCAUGGGUCAAUGCUACCAUUAUUAACUGACCCACUGAAUAUGUGGAAUAAAAAAGUACGAGAAGAUAUACUGAGUACAAAAAAGUGGCCAUGAUUGGAUUAAAGAUAUACGAUAUAAAGAUUGUAACAGAGACCCAGAAAAACGUUUAUAAAGUGCAUGCGCAGAGUAUUCCAUUACAUUGCCUUUAUAAUAUAACAC